UAAUUGAAAAUUGCAAAAAAGCCCUUCAAGACACAGAAUGCUGCAGCACCAACAGCAAACAUCGCAAGUGGCUCAAGGUUACUAUGAUUACAACCAACCAAGUCCUGGAAGUAUCACCAACGCAGACUCGCUCAACAAUACGCCAUUCUCAGUUAAGGAUAUUUUGAACAUGGUCAAUCAAAACGAGGACUACGAAUCUUACGGCACUAUGGAAAGCCCUUUACAGGCCAACUCUGGUUACUCGAACGACUACGAUACCCGUGGCUACGAUCCUGCCCACACAUUGUCACCCAUGGUGCCACAUGGUCACCACCUACCGCCUGCGAGUAGCGGCCACUCACCGGCCCAGUUUUAUCCCAGCUAUCAGGACUACAACACAACGCCCCUCAUAACACAUGCUCCUCAUACGCAUCAGACUGCCGCUACGGCUGUUGCCGCAAUCGCUGCUUCCUCAACACAUCACCAUCAAAGCUAUCAGGGCUACAACACGGCAGCUGUUGCAGCCGCUGCGGCCGCCCACCAAUAUUAUGUUCCCCCCACUGCCACAUAUCAGCCACCUGGUUAUCCUGCCGCCCAAAACGCCCAGUCCAUAUAUCAUCAGUAUCCCGGUUACGGAGCUGAACCUUUCCCCAGUCACAAUGGAACACAGAAUCUCUCAACUUCGCUACCUCCGCACAUGGCCCACAUCGAUUUGACGCAGUCAAAUAGUGUGAAAAGUGAAUAUGUCCCCACGCCCUAUGUGACGCCCUCGCCCACACUGGAUCUCAACAGUUCGACUGAGGUGGAUUUGAAUACUCCCUCAUCGGGUCAAAAGAAGUCUCCAGUCAAUCCUGCACCCACCUCGUUACACUCUCUAAUGGAAACGGCCAACAAUUCAAAUUCGUUGCGAAAUAUUUCGGCAGGCCUUACAGGUGGCCCCCUAUACGAUCAGGCAUCAUUGGUAGCGAGAACAGCGGAUUUAAGUCGAAAAAAAGAUAUUUCUCAAGUCACAUCCUCAAAAUCGGAGUUAAGGAAAAACGGAAAGCCCCGUUCGAAACGUAAACCACGCGUACUCUUUUCUCAGGCCCAGGUCCUUGAGCUUGAGUGUAGAUUUCGCAUGAAGAAAUAUCUAACAGGGGCCGAACGGGAGGCCAUAGCACAAAAGCUGAACCUCUCGCCUACACAAGUAAAAAUUUGGUUUCAAAAUCGCCGUUAUAAAUCGAAACGCGGAGAAAUUGAGGAACCGGCAUCUCUUAAGCACAAAGUCGCCGAACUACCACCGCAGAACAUUUCUAUGUGGGGUCAUGCCGCCCAGGCGGCAAAUCAUCUAAUGCAGCAGACGACGGCGCAUCACGCACAUCCCCAUCACCUGGUGCAGCAUCCAAUGUGAAGCAGAGGCAUUCUGGCGUGUUACUUAUUUUAUUUAUCUUUUUGAUAAUUUUUUUUUUUUGCUUUUACAAAAUUAGUCUUCUAUUUAUUUUCGAAUGUUCAGUGUUAGUUUAAUGGCAAGCCAGAAGGGGACAUGUGUGGUCCACCAAGCACAAGUAGCAGAAGCAACAACAAUUUAGUCAUUUUUCGUAGCAUUCUAAGGUAAGGAGGAGCCAAUAGCCAAUAAGCAACUCCUUCGCAUACGCCCACAAUGCGAAUCGUGUGUACCUCUCAAGAAUUUAAACAAAUUAUUUUUGUAGCAAUGGACUUAGCUGUAAUAAAUUAUAAUUCAAUCGAUAUACAUACUUACUAGCUACCUAUCUAAUAAGUGUAAUUGUAUUAUUACCAUUGUAAGUCAUAAACAAAUUGUGCCUAAAUAUGUUAAAACUAUUAUUAGGAAGCCGGUUGGUCCCAUGGGUCUGGGCCGGCGUUUAGCAUAGAUCCUUAGCCAUACAUUAGUCAUACUACAUGUGUAUUAUUAAAUCUUAAUGCAAUUUGUUAUUGUACAUACACACAAACGCUCUUAUAGAUGCUGAAGCGACUCAGUCAUUGAAUAAAGAACGAAAAAAAACAAAUAAAUUUGAUAAGAAACAACAA